AUGAGAAGUGGCGCAAGAUCGGAAUCGUCACACACUGAGCAGUCCGGAGGGGGUGCCUCGAUACAGAUCGCAAGCGCCGAAGCCUUGCGGAUACUUCAACGACAUUAUGGAGCUACAGUGGCAGGUCGCUCGAGGAACAGCAAGAAGACAGGCAAGAAAGUGAAAUGGUCGGACGUAGCGGCUGUCGAGCAGAGCCUUUUAGUCACGAACUUGGCCCGGGCGCUGGUACUGUCGCCAUUGCUGGUGGCUGGGCCAUGGCUGAACAGAGUGAUGCUUCGACUCGUGAGCGCUGAAGGAUUAAGAAGCUCAGAGAUGACAAUCACUAACGAGGUUAGGGAGGAGAUGACGAAGCUUUAUCACUCGAGCAUGCUCCCCCACUCUCUGCUUUUGUUAUUGUUUGGAGGAUUUCUAUCUGCAAUGUUCAAGUAUUUCUUUGCGGAACCUUGCAUACGCUUCGGAGCUGGUGUGAUGGAGGCACUAAUAGCGACUCAGAGGAGCGACGACAAUGGUGUGCACAAUGAUCAUUCCGACGAAGAAGCUUGUCAUGAUAGCCCGGGAGUCUGA